UCAAUUAGAAAUUGAGCCACAAAGAUGCAAUUUACUUAGUAAAGAUGAUAUUAAUCAAUUGUUUUAUUUAAAUGAUAAUAUAAAACAAAAACUUGGAAAAGAGCUUCAAUAUUUUAUUGACAAAAUAAUAAAUAAUUUACUUGCAAAAAAAUGUCAAGACCUGAAUGAAAUUAAUAAGCCAUGA